CGGACGGAGCAGUCUCUGCUCUGUGAGGCAGUCACUCAGUGAAAGAGCAGGGGCGUGCUGGGGGGAGAGGAAGGGGGAAGAGCGUCGGUGAGCAGCAAGCAGGCGGGGAAAGGCAGCGAAAGGGCGACGGGCGAGCAAAAGAGGCGGGGGCGACGGGAAAGGAGGCAAUAGAGAACACCGGUCUCCCCCCCCCCAGGCCGGCACCCACACCUGUCCUCCCGCUUCCGCCGAAAAGCCUCUGCGCUCCCUCCGCCGCCGGAAAAUAGUCCCCCUCCUUCCUUUCCUUCUUCCUGCUUGCCUCCCUCAACAGGCUCCGCCGCGAUGGCGCUGAAGAGAAUCCACAAGUUUAUUUGGUGUCAAAAUACUAAACAAGAAUAUCCUGGAAAGCAAUUCUAGGAGUGAAUUCUACUGAACUCAGUGGAGUUUACUUCAAAAGAAGAGCUGAAUGAUCUGGCACGUGAUCCUCCAGCACAGUGUUCAGCAGGGCCUGUUGGAGAUGAUAUGUUCCAUUGGCAAGCAACAAUAAUGGGACCAAAUGACAGUCCCUAUCAGGGUGGGGUGUUCUUCUUGACAAUUCACUUCCCAACAGAUUACCCCUUCAAACCACCUAAGGUUGCAUUUACAACAAGAAUUUACCAUCCAAAUAUUAACAGUAAUGGCAGUAUUUGUCUUGAUAUUCUACGGUCGCAGUGGUCUCCAGCAUUAACUAUUUCAAAAGUACUUUUGUCCAUCUGUUCUCUGUUGUGUGAUCCCAAUCCAGAUGAUCCUUUAGUGCCUGAGAUUGCACGGAUCUACAAAACAGAUAGAGAAAAGUACAACAGAAUAGCUCGAGAAUGGACUCAGAAGUAUGCGAUGUAAUUAAAGAAAUUAUUGGAUAACCUCUACAAAUAAAGAUAGGGGAACUCUGAAAGAGAAAGUCCUUUUGAUUUCCAUUUGACUGCUUUCUAUGAGCCCACGCCUCAUCUUCCCCUGUGCACAUGUUUACCUGAUACAGCAGUGCUGCGUGUUGUACACACUUGGAACAACGAAAUACUGUAUUCCAUACCAACAUUGACUCCUAGCAAAGAAAUGUGUGUGAAAAGCCAGUUCUUCUAUCAAAGUCUAGUUGUGAGCAUAAAAGCAUUCCUAAGAGAUUUAAAUUGGGCACUAAAACCAAACAUGGAGGGAGAGGGGAAAGAAAAAAAUGUUUCUUGCGUUUCUGGGGACUUUCAAUGAUUCCAGAGGAUGCUUUUUAAAAAUGGAAUCCUUUUAAACUCAUAACUCUAAUGAAAAAAAAAAGCCCCAAUGUGAAGAACUUGAAGCUGUUCUGUAUUUUAUUCUGAAGGACCUACUAAGGUAAAUGUAUGACCAAUAAGAUCAAACUGUACCCACAUCCUGUGUUUAAAAGUCUGAGUUUAACUGGUCAGCAUUUAAAUGCAUUGGAGCUAUUAGUGCAUCAAGUGAUGUUGAUUUCGUUUCAAAUCUCCCCCUCCCCCUUCCCGUUCCUUUCAUAAUUUUGGUUUGUAUGUGUUUUCUCAAUUAACAUAGCUAAUAGCUCUUAUUUUCUUAAGUUUUUAAUGGCUUAGGUCUUUCUGGAUGUAAGGGUAAAAAUUCAUUUGACAGACUUGUGUAUAUUUAAAGACCCAGCUGCUCCCUUGGAGCUUGUACGUUCAAGAAUGAUUAAUCUGUGUAAUAAACUGAUUACUACAGUCAUUACAUAUAA